AUGUUGGACAGAAACCACAGAGUAACACGACUCAUCAUAGAAGAAUGCCACGAACGCGUUCACCACAAUGGCGUAAAAGAAACACUCACCGAAAUCAGAUCGAAAUUCUGGAUUGUCAAGGGAAGGCAAUUGAUUAGAAAGAUAAUACCCAGUUGCGUUCCUUGUCGACGCUUCGAGGGAAAGCCAUAUAACCCAGCAGACCCACCACCAUUACCCAAAUCCAGAAUAGUAGAAGACCCACCAUUCACAUGUACGGGUAUUGACGUUGCUGGACCAUUAUAUGUUAAAAACGAAGAUAAAUCCAGCUUAGAAAUGGCGAAGACGUGGAUAUGUUUAUAUACAUGCGGCGUAACACGAGCUGUCCACCUCGAACUUGUCCGAGAAAUGUCGACAGAAGCUUUCUUGAGAAGCUUUAAGAGAUUCACCGCAAGACGCAGGGUUCCAGCCAAGGUUAUAUCGGACAAUGCUAAAACCUUUAUCUCAGCCGCAAAGAAAUUAUGCGCCCUGUUUGAUCUACCUGAAGUGAAAUGUUAUCUAUCUUCCAAGAAAAUCCAAUGGUGCUUUAACAUAGAAAAGGCUCCCUGGUGGGGAGGCUUUUUCGAACGAUUGGUAAAAUCAGUAAAACAAUGUUUGAAGAAGGUUCUAAAGAAUUCGAAGGUAACAUACGAUGAACUACUAACCAUUGUAACCGAAGUUGAAGCUAUCCUUAACUCCAGACCGAUAUCAUACGUGUCAUCCGAGAUUGUCCGUAAAGGAGUACAUCUGGAAAAACUAAUCGAACACUUUUGGAAAAGAUGGUGUAAUGAAUACCUAUUGGAACUUAGAGAAUCACAUCGCUUGAGAAUCAAGAACACCCCACAGAGAAGAAUUGUUCGAGUAGGAGAUGUGGUUGUCAUUCGUGAUGACACGCCAAGAGUUUCGUGGAAAAUAGGUCGAGUCGAAGAACGGAUUACUGGUAAAGAUGAUCAAGUCAGAGGAGCGGCAGUCAAGAUUAGUAGCAAGGGAAUGAAACCUAGCAAACUAAGAAGACCAAUACAGGCGUUGAUCCCGUUGGAGAUUAAUGAUGCAGAAAACGAAGACGCUGAAAGAGAAAACCCAUCCAAGAAGAAAGACGAUCCAGAGGAAACAGUUGAAACAUUAAAACCAAGAAGAAAGGCAGCCGUCACAGCAGAUGAACUACGAAAGCAGUGGCUACAACAGCUAAGUUGA